GGAAAAGAGACGAGAUAGAAGGUGUCGGCCUUGCGCCGAUGAUCGCCGCUGAAAAUCAGUCAAGUUUGCGUGCCGGCUCCAGCCUGGGGCAGCUCGAGGAGGCAGCGGGCGACGGAAGUGUGGGUGGCGGCAACGAGGCUGGUGGAGCCGGCGCAACUACUACCUCGGAGCCAGAUGUAAUGAAGAAAGAGGAGCAGGAGGCGGCGCAGAACGAGAAUUCCCUGAAAGAAUCAACUGGUUCAGUGGUAACAGUAACUACACCUAGCGGCGUCGGGACGACGGCAUCGACGGUGAACGCCAACAACACCACGACGACCAACACGACAGCCGCGACGGCUUCUACGAUGCCUGGUGGAGGCGCUCGCAGCGACGUAGAGGAGGAGGAGGAGGAGGAGGCAGAAGAAGAAGAGGAGGAAGACGAAGAGGAAGAGGACGUGGAAGUGGAAGGUGGAGCGGCGCAAGAGGCGGUCGGUGGCGGUCUUCUAGCAAACGAGGGUGGGGGUGGAGGCGGCAUGGCCGGCUUCUGGAGGCAGAGUAGACCCUCCAGUCCCCGCAUGCCGCCUCCGGAGCAGCCGGAGCACAGGCCUAAGAGCCGACACGAGCCGGCGCCCGCGAGAUACAACAACCUCGGUUACUGGAGAGCCAGGAGAGUCACAUUUUAUAAAAAUGGCGACCCGUAUUUUCCUGGUAUUGAGUUCAGGUUUAAGCCAGGAAGGGACAUCGGUUCCCUGGAGGCACUCCUGGAUAGGUUGUCCCUGCGAAUGGAUCUGCCCAGAGGGGCGCGACACAUCUUCUCCAUGGAUGGUGAUCGUAAACUCACCUUGGACGAGCUCGAAGACGGUGCCUCGUACGUCGUUUCCAGCUACAAAUCGUUCAAGCCGGCCAGCUACGGAAAGAAAAGCAACACCUGGUACACGAGUCCUACUGGCGGAGGUAGCAGAGGUGGAGCAAGCGUUGGAGGUGGUGUCGGAGGAUGGCAAAGUAGACCACCAGCGGUGGCGAGUCUUAGCAGGAAAGCUUCCAUCACCGACGAAGCACCACCUCCUGGCGGUGGAAAGCCUUCUUCGGGACGUGUCAUACGAAUCGUUAACAACCAUGACCAUACAGUACAGUGUCGAGUCUUGUUGAACCUCCGUACUUCGCAACCGUUCGAAGAAGUGCUGGAAGAUCUUGGACAAGUAUUGAAGAUGAAUGGGGCCAAAAGAAUGUUCACAGUUUCAGGUCAAGAGGUAAGAAGCUUCUCGCAACUAAGGAACGAAUUCGCUGACGUGGAUACUUUUUAUCUGGGUACUGGGUCGGGGAUGGGUAUAGCUGGUGCUGUUACCGCAUCCCCAGCAAGAAGAUCCAGAUCACGAGGACCACCUACUGUGGUCGAGGAUAUCGGCCGUCAAAGACGAGCUCGUAGCAAAAGCAGACCACGCGCUUUGUAUGCCCCUGAUUCAGACGUCGUCCGAGUAAACGAUUAUAGCGUUGUCGAGGUAUUGCGAGACGAACCAGCUAGAGUGACUAUUCGAGGAUUGAGACGAUCCUUUUAUCCACCUUCCCACCUGCCACCGGUGGACAAUUCUCCGCCGGAUAAGAAGCUGCAACUUGAAUGGGUUUACGGAUAUCGGGGCACCGAUACCCGAAGAAAUCUCUGGGUUCUACCGAGUGGAGAACUUUUGUACUAUGUCGCUGCCGUGGCUGUUCUCUUUGACAGAGAGGAAAAUGCACAACGGCACUAUGUGGGCCAUACGGAGGAUAUUACGUGCAUGGAGGUUCACCCAAGUAGAGAGCUGGUGGCAUCCGGACAAAAAGCUGGUAGACACAGAAAAGCGCAACCACACGUUCGCAUAUGGUCAACAGAGACUCUGCUUACUCUGUACGUGUUCGGAAUGACUGAGUUCCAGAUGGGCGUCUCCGCGUUAGCAUUCUCUCAACUGAACGGGGGUAGUUACGUAUUAGCGGUUGACGCUGGCAGGGAGGCGAUACUCUCAGUGUGGCAGUGGCAAUGGGGCCAUUUGUUGGGUAAAGUGGCGACCAUGCAGGAGGACUUAACCGGUGCAGCUUUUCAUCCUCUCGACGACAAUCUGCUGAUUACGCACGGUAGAGGUCACUUGACCUUCUGGAAUCGGCGGAAAGACGGUUUCUUUGAAAGGACGGACAUUAUCAAACCUCCGUCCCGUACGCACGUGACUAGCAUCCAAUUCGAGCAAGACGGAGAUGUCGUCACGGCAGAUAGCGACGGUUUCAUCACCGUUUACUCCGUGGAUGCGGAUGGUGCAUACUUUGUACGAAUGGAAUUUGAGGCGCAUAAUAAAGGCAUUAGCUCACUUGUUAUGCUAUCAGAGGGAACGUUGCUCUCUGGUGGGGAAAAAGACCGUAAAAUCGCCGCGUGGGAUUCUCUUCAGAAUUACAAACGUAUCACGGAUACUAAAUUACCAGAGGCAGUAGGAGGUGUGCGAAGUAUCUAUCCUCAGAGACCAGGAAGGAACGACGGAAAUAUUUAUGUUGGAACUACCAGGAAUAAUAUUUUAGAAGGUUCUCUUCAAAGAAGGUUUAAUCAAGUCGUGUUUGGCCAUGGGAGGCAGUUGUGGGGCCUUGCUGUGCAUCCUGACGAUGAAGUGUUCGCUACUGCGGGUCAUGAUAAGAAUAUUGCUCUUUGGCGCAGGCAUAAACUCUUGUGGACGACGCAGGUCGGUUUCGAGUGCAUUUGCAUAGCUUUCCAUCCUUUUGGAGUUGCCCUUGCCGCUGGUUCUUCUGAAGGUCAUCUCUUGGUCCUCGCCGCAGACACAGGGGCAGCUGUAGCAACCCUUAGAGUUUGUGGUUCACCUUUAUCAUGCAUUGGCUAUAAUCCAACGGGAGAAAUCGUGGCAAUGGGUUCUCAGAAUGGUAGUGUAUAUCUCUUUAGAGUAUCUAGAGACGGAUUCUCGUACAAGAAGAGCAACAAGAUCCGCGGAACGCAACCAUUAGUGCAGCUCGACUGGAGUUCCGAUAGCAGAUUUCUCCAGACUGUUACACAGGAUUACGACUUAGUAUUCUGGGAUGUGAAAGCCUUAUCAUCGGAGAAGAGUCCAUUAGUUAUGAAGGACGUGAAAUGGUACACGCACAACUGCAUGGUUGGAUACAUGGUAUCUGGAAUGUGGAAUAAUCGUUACUAUCCGUUAACGACUGUUCUAACUACGUCAAGUAGGUCAGCAGCUCAUGACAUGUUAGUCAGUGGUGAUGCAGAAGGCUAUCUGAGACUUUUCAGGUAUCCAUGUACCAGUGCUAAGGCCGAAUACGUCGAAGAAAAAGUGUAUAGUUCCCUAGUGGCCUGCGCCAGAUUUCUCUACAACGAUCAGAAUGUCGUCACUGUCGGUGGGACCGACGCUGCGCUCAUGCUUUGGGAACUAGUCGACGAGUAGAUAAAAGGACUACCUCUUGUUAUAAAUUUUGCCUUUGUCUUCAAUAGUCUGGUAACUAGACUAUUAACGCGAUUUGUACAAAAUCGCGAUGAUUCGUUCCAUUGUGAAACUUUUUUAAUACCAAUGAACAAACGCGACAAACGUUUAUCUUCUUAUCAUUGCGCUGAAUACAGUUCAGUAACAUGCGUUCAGCAGUUCGUCCUCAGCGAAAGAAUUGAACGGCUGAGUUGAUACUUAGCAAAUUUUGCAAACGUUUUCAUUCAACUUGAUUCGAUUGCCAAGCAUGUUUUUUCCGGCGAUAAUGUGUUCGUCGUUUAUUGUCCAAUAUCCAACCUGAAAAGCGUUAAAACUGUCUGGCAUGUUUAUCUGUGGCCUCACUUUUGUGUCGAUGAAUCUUUCUAGAGACAAGGAGACAUUUUUCACGUUUUAAGUAUAGUUUCAUGCAGCAGCAACGCAGUUCGCGCUUUACUCCCUGAAACGUUGAAAGAAGUAGUUUGAUAUUUGUAAACGAAAGGAAGAUAAGAUCUACUAAAAAUAUAUUGCAUCGCUCGACUGUCUUGAAGUUAAGCGUCUUGCAGGUGCAAUACAUUCACUUUUUACAUCCGUUACCACAUCAUAGCAUCUUGUGAAUUUCUCCAAGACAUCCACCUCCACGAAAUAAUCCGUACACGAUGUUUUUAAUUAUUUUUACUUCUUAAGACCAACAUUUGACCAGAAUUUCUCAUUACAUGUUCAAAGAUCGGAACUUCUGCUAUCGACGAUAGUAAUAGCGAAGGACAAGAAUCUAUCUUCCCUUCCUUCAACUGUUUUGCCAUUGUCGUAUUACGACUUCUUGUAUGCAUUUAUGAUAACAGCGACAAACGAUAAUGUUAUCACGCUACAACGAUGCAGUACAUUACUAAAGUCGUAAUGAAAGCAAUACAAAUAGGCACACGUUAUAUGUGUAUCCAGUAGGAGUAUAAAAGAAAAAGAAGCAAAAAAAAAAGAAACAAUAUGUGCACGUUCAGGAGCGUGCAAUUUUUGAGGCGCUGGCGCCCCUUGGUAGAUUUUAAGUAAUGGAGAUAGAUUUAAACAGAAAUUGAGAUGAAGAUGAUAAAUAUUACAUGCACCUUUGUGCCGGGACGAUGGUCAAUUCGUUUUUCUUUUCAUUGUUUCGAAGAUUUUAGAGAAAAUGCUGUUGCGGGUCAACGCGUCUCUCCGUCGAUUCUCCCUUUUGUUCACACCCAUUUCUAGAGAAAACAAAUUGAUGAAGUAUAGGGAAAAAUAUACAGAGUUUAAACGAUAUGUUACUAUUACAGAAAUAUAUAUUAUAUAUAUAAAUAUAUACAUAUAGUAGUAGAUGCAAAUGAUAACACGAGAAUCUCUCAUGUUAGCAAGCUAUGCUCGGGAUCGUCACUGCCAUGGCAUCGAGUUCGAAAUUUUUUCACAGCCUGCAUGCUUCAAAAUACUGCUUUCUCUGAGAGAGAGCUCGUGUGAUCGAAUCUAUUUCAGGAUACUGAUCACCGUGAGCCUUUAUCCGAACCUUUAAACGAACUCUUAUCGACGAUUCAAACCUGCUUUUGCGUUCUAUUAUUUUAUUAUGUAUUCAGCGAAUAUCAGACUACACUUGUUACUUUUCUAAGGAAAUUUGAAUAUAUGAACUUUGCGAUCAUUUUUAGAAAGAAGUUGAAGUAUCUGCGAAAGUAAAUAAAUUCGUAUAUUAUAAGAAUCAUUGUAAAAAAAAAUGUUUCAAUCGCAGGCGGAACUGAAUUUUGCUCUUCGAUGCGUCCUGAAACAAAAACGAAAAGGAUUCAAACGAUCCCUCAAAUCUUUAGCAUAAAAUCGUAACAGUGUAGAAAGCUAUCUUACUACAAUAAAUUCUGCACAUUAGAUAUAAAA